UGAUUUAGUAACGAGGAAAUUGAGCAAGACUGCUUAAAGAGUAAGCUGGACGACCCACCGCAACAAUAUAAAUGUCAUCUCCUUUCUCGCCCUUUCCCUCUCCUAACUUCCCCUUUCAUUUUGAACUUACAACUUCUCUUUCUAUCUGGUUUGUGAGUUACAAUGUCGACUUUCGGAACCGCCACGCCUGGGAAUCCCAACCCUAAUAAUUCAAUUGAGGUUGCCCAACCUCCUAGUGAUUCUGUUUCAAGCCUUAGUUUUAGUCCCAAGGCCAAUUACCUCGUUGCUACCUCAUGGGACAAUCAGGUACGGUGUUGGGAGAUUAUGCGGAGUGGGAAUGCUGUUGGCAGUACACCCAAGGCUUCAAUAUCUCAUGACCAUCCAGUUUUGUGCUCUGCUUGGAAGGACGAUGGGACAACUGUCUUCUCUGGAGGCUGUGAUAAGCAGGCGAAGAUGUGGCCUUUACUGUCUGGCGGUCAACCAAUGACAGUUGCCAUGCAUGAUGCACCCAUCAAAGAACUUGCUUGGAUCCCAGAGAUGAAUCUUUUGGUCACAGGAAGCUGGGAUAAGACCAUGAAGUAUUGGGAUACUAGACAACCAAAUGCUGUUCAUACUCAAGUACUUCCUGAUCGCUGUUAUGCAUUAACAGUUAGAUACCCGCUGAUGGUUGUUGGCACUGCAGAUAGGAGUCUUGUAGUCUUUAACUUGCAAAACCCACAGACUGAAUUCAAGAGAAUCACUUCGCCACUGAAGUAUCAGACCAGAUGUGUUGCUGCUUUUCCUGAUCAGCAGGGUUUCUUGGUUGGAUCAAUAGAGGGAAGGGUUGGCGUGCAUCAUCUAGAUGAUUCACAACAAAGUAAAAACUUCACUUUCAAAUGUCACAGAGAUGGCACUGAAAUAUACUCUGUCAACUCUUUGAACUUCCAUCCUGUGCAUCACACUUUUGCAACUGCUGGAUCUGAUGGUGCCUUUAAUUUCUGGGAUAAAGACAGUAAACAGAGGCUCAAGGCUAUGUCAAGGUGCAGUCAACCAAUACCUUGCAGUGCGUUCAACAAUGAUGGUUCGAUAUUUGCAUACUCAGUGUGUUAUGAUUGGAGCAAGGGUGCAGAAAAUCACAAUCCAGCAAGUGCAAAGAACUAUAUUUUCCUGCACUUGCCACAGGAAAGUGAGGUUAAAGGCAAGCCAAGAGUUGGUACUAGUGGGAGAAAGUGAAGUUGAUGGUUUUGAUAUCACCAGUAGAUUUGAUUUGAUUUUAAUUUUGGUGUGUAUGCAUGGAUAGAAAAUGUUUUCCCCUUUGCCAGUUAGAGAUUAAUAGGACGAGGGUUCUUGUUCUUAGACAGAAACUUUAGGUAAAUGGACUUUGGUCAUUGUGUUUAUAUCCCAUUUGUGAUGUUUUCGGCCACAAAGUUUCAUGUUUCACCUUCAUGUGCAUAGAGUCCAUUUGAUUUACCACUCAAGUUCUGUUUUUCAGAUUCAUAUUUCUCUCCAAGUUAGAGUGAUAUUCUUAUUAAUUUAUUAUGUUUUGAGAAGUUGCUAAUA